UUCUACAGUACAUAUACCCUCAUCGUCUCUAGAUUUUAGGGUUCUUGCUCUUCAAGCCGAAGCCCUAAAACCUUCUUUCUUCCUCUGUUCAUCACCCCAAAGUUAGCCAAUUUAUAUGUCGAUAUUGAUUGACACAAUGCAUCAUCCUAAUUGAUAAUUCUUUAAUCCAUGUGUUUUCCAAUUCGUACUCCAAACCCUAUUAAAAUCUCACGAUGCAGAUAUUGAAUUCAGACGAAACAGCAGUUGUUCCAACUGAUGAACAUGAUUGCACCACCACCCCGACCGAAAACAUCGAAGAAGAGUUGGAUGAGAACUCGAAUGUAGAAUCCGCAAUAGAUGCUUCUGGAAAGACUUUGGAUCUCCAGGUUUUGGAUGAGAGUAGGAUUAGUGACGGUGAUAAUUCUUCAAUAGAGGGUUUAUAUGUGUACAAGAAUACGUUCAAUUUGAUUCCUCGAUCGGUAGGGGGUUUGGUUAGGUUAAAAACCCUUAAGUUCUUUGGGAAUGAGAUCAAUUUGUUUCCUUCUGAAUUUGGCAACUUGGUUAACCUCGAAAGAUUGCAAGUGAAGAUUUCUUUGCCGGGGUUGACUGGAUUACCUCUACAAAAAUUGAAGGCCUUGAAGGAGUUAGAGCUUAGUAAGGCGCCUUCCAGGCCUUCAGCUUUUCCGUUACUGGGAGACAUAAUGGGACUUGAACGCUUAACCAAGCUAUCUGUCUGUCACUUUUCUAUCAGAUAUUUGCCACCAGAAAUUGGCCGUCUUACUUGCUUGGAGUACCUAGAUCUUUCACACAAUAAAAUGAGAAUUUUACCCUCAGAAAUCACUAAUUUGAGUGCCCUCAUAACAUUGAAAGUUGCCAACAAUAAAUUGAUCCAAGUACCUCCAGCCUUGUCCUCUCUCCAAAGAUUAGAAAACUUGGACCUUUCAAACAACAGGUUGACAUCCUUGGGGUCUCUUGAAUUUGACAUGAUGCAUAAUCUUCGCAGACUAAACCUUCAGUUCAAUAAGCUUCCAAGUUUUUCUCAACUACCUUCAUGGAUAAGCUGUGAUCUCGAGGGCAAUGAUGAGGACAUGACCAAUGGUGAAUUCAUCAAUUCAUCUGUAGAGAUGGAUGUAUUGGAAAGUACUGUCACAGCCCUUGAUGAUGAUUCCAUAAAUGAUUCUCCUGCUUCCAUGUCAAGUCAUUUAACUGGUUCUUCACCAAAUAGAUCUUUCCCAGCAAGAAAACCUAGGAAGGGGUGGAAAAGGCGUUACUAUUUGCAACAGAGAGCUAGACAAGAGCGUUUAAACUGCAGUAGGAAGUGGAAAGGUGAUGAUUCUGUCCAUGCUUCAACUCAAAACACAACCGAAAAUUGUGAAUCCUGCAAUACUAUUGUUGCAUCUGAAGCCCUUCUAGAAGGUCCCUCAGUUAAUGCUUCUGUUGAUCUGGAUAACAAAGAACUGCUUCCUGCGGAUGGUGAAAGUGAGAAGGACCUUAGUUCAGAACAGGUUGAGGGCAAAGAGGUUGAAGAUGAUUGUAGCAAAGAAAAGGCUGAAUUGGGUGCUCUUUCAGAGGAGAAGUUGGUGGUGGAUAAUUCAUGUGGUAAUAAUGCCAAUACACAUACAAAAAGACAUUCUGAAAGGGAUCUUGAUAACCCUAAACCAAGAAAGUCAAGAAGACCAACUGACAUACACGUAAACCAGUCUUCUAAAUAUAGUACAAUGUCAUUUUGUAGCAUUGAGGAUUAUCUCCCAGAUGGGUUUUAUGAUGCAGGGCGAGAUCGUCCUUUCUUGCCUCUCAGUAGCUAUGAGAAAAGCUUGCAUCUUGGCUCACGUGAAGUUAUAGUCAUGGACAGGGAAAAGGAUGAAGAGUUGGAUGCUGUAACACUUUGUGCUCAAUCAUUGGUGUAUCAUUUAAAUCAGAUGUAUGGUUCCACGAAAGAUGAGGGAGACAUUUAUCUUGGGCACGCAACAGCAGAUGACACUGCUCUCCUAUGUGAAAAAUCUCUUCAGUUGAUAAAAGCAAGGAGAAAUUCCAUUGUUGUCCCUAUUGGAACUCUACAAUUUGGUGUUUGUCGACAUAGGUCUUUGCUCAUGAAGUACCUUUGUGAUCGAAUGGAGCCUCAAGUACCAUGUGAACUUGUGAGAGGGUAUUUGGAUUUUGCACCACAUGCGUGGAAUGUAAUUGUGGUUAAGAGGGGUGAUUCAGACAUUCGGAUGGUAGUGGAUGCAUGUCGUCCUCAUGAUAUAAGAGAAGAGACAGAUCCAGAAUAUUUCUACAGGUAUAUUCCUCUGAAUCGGAUCAAUGGUGAUGCACACUGUUCUUUUCCAUCUCUUUCUGCUGCAUACGAAGACAUCAAGGAAGGAGAUUCAAGUUCAACAACCCUUAUUGAAUGCAACCUGGGAUCAGUCGAGGCUGCUGCUAAGGUGCGCACUUUGAAAGUGAGUGGGAGCUCUGCAGAGGAAGUUAGGAAUUUUGAAUAUAGCUGCCUAGGGGAAGUGAGACUUCUAAGUGUUUUGAAGCACCCUUGCAUAGUAAAAAUUUUAGGUCAUCAGAUAUCUACCAAGUGGUUACCUUCACAAUCAGAAGAUGGAAUACCAGAACAUCAUCGUAUAUUGCAGUCUGCCAUUUUUAUGGAGCAUGUAAAAGGUGGAUCUUUAAAGGGGUAUGUAGAAAAGCUUGGAAGAUCUGGUGAGAAGCAUGUUCCUGUGAAUUUGGCGAUGCAAAUUGCUAGAGAUGUUGCCUGGGCGUUAUCUGAAGUGCAUUCGAAAGAUAUAAUACAUCGUGACUUGAAGAGUGAAAAUAUUUUGGUUGAGAUGGAUGAAAGUGAAACGUGUGCAGUUGUUAAGCUUUGUGAUUUUGAUAGAGCAGUUCCUUUACGUUCUUGGUUGCAUACAUGUUGCAUUGGGCAUAUGGGGGUCCCUCCACCUGAUGUCUGUGUUGGAACCCCUCGUUGGAUGGCUCCUGAAGUUUAUCGAACAAUUCAUGAUCCUCGUUUAUAUGGACUGGAAGUAGAUAUAUGGUCUUUCGGAUGCCUACUUUUGGAGUUAUUGACUUUGCAUGUGCCUUACGUGGGGCUACCCGAGUCCAAAAUUCAUGACCUCCUUUUGAUGGGGAAACGGCCACAAUUGACAGAUGAACUAGAGGCCUUGGGUGCAGUGGAAGAAGAAGAUGAUGAUAGUAAAGAGACAGAGUUGCAAACUGAAGAAUACAAAGAAGAAAAAACCCUCAGAUUUUUAAUUGAUAUUUAUCGGCAGUGUACUCAGGAUGAUCCUAAUGAUCGUCCAACAGCCAUCAGACUUUACAAAAUGCUGCUUGAUUUCUCAAAUUUGACUAGUCAGGAAGUAUAGAUAGAGUCUUAUCUUAUUAGUUAAGCUCUCAGUUGUAUUUGUAUUUUUUGUGGUUAAAGUUAUAUAUAUAUAUAUACAGACUGACUGAUUGUUGUUAAUUGUUAUUUCUUCCCCGGUUGUUAGAGCAGAGCCCAGGUGAAGUUGUUUAUGAAUUUUGUUUCUUUCUUUGUACGAAUUUGUUUAGUGUUAGUGUAAUCCCCCCCCUCAGUCUGAAUGGCUAAAAUGAACAUAUCCAUGUUGCUUGCUAUUAUGUGUAAAAGACAGUUAAGUAUGUUG